GAUAAUGAUAAUCAAUCAGAUAUUGCUAUAGCUAACUAUGAUACUAAUAAUGUACUUAUACUUAAGGACCAUUGAUAAAGUACAUCUAGAAGAAAGAGAGCAGGGAGCGUUUGUCAGAACCGGAUAGGUUCGAACUAAGAGGAAGAGGAGACGAAAAUAUGUGAAUGUUCGUGUACUUAUCACGAUUUGCUUCGCUAUUCUCAAAAACUUUCGAGAAGUCUUAGCAGUGUUUAUAAACUAUUUGGUAUGGAAUUCCAUGGUGUCUCAUUCAUAAAUGAAUGAAUUAUGUGAGCUAGACAACGUAUAUUUUGGUGUUGUGUCCUAUAUAUACUGAUGGGAAAGGAUCUGAAUUAUGAAUCCCAUCAGACACUUGCAAAAAAGCUGCCGGAUUGGAGAGAAUCAUAAAUAAUUUCACGACUAACUUUAUACUAAAUUCCAACUGUUCGAAAGUAUGCAAAUCUUGUUAAAUGGAUUCUAUCAAACUGUGACGAGAUCAACUGAGAGUUACUAGGAUUCAACAACGUGUUUAUUCUGAAUACGUAUUUCAUGUCUGCUUGUCAUACGCUUAGUCAAUAAAGUGUGGUUUUAAUGGAAUAAAAAAACGCUGCAGUUGAACAACGAAGGACUUUCUUUAAAAAAUUUAUUUUAAUACUGGAUGUCCAGUGAAGAGAAGUGGUUAGUAAAAAGCGAACAAAUCCAAAUUGAAGAUGAGUGAGGUGUUCAAAUAAGCAAUCUUUGGCCGGAUUUCUUAUACGAAUUUCCUCUUACUCAAUAUUUUAUAAAACCAUCGGUAAGGCAAACGAAUUAUCUUGUUGGAAAAGAUUCCCGCUCGUCUUCAGUCGUUAUUUAUGACUUUAACCAUGAUGAUCGAUUAGAUUUAUUGGUUAAUAAUCUUAACGAUGAUAAUUUACUUUUACUAACUGGUAAUAAUGAUGGAACUUUUGAGCGAACAACAACAUAUUCCACCGGAAAUAAAUCAGCUCCAAACUAUUUAUGUAUUGGUGACUUUAACAACGACAAUCGAAUGGAUAUUGUCACGGCUAAUUACGGUUCUAACAGUAUAGGUAUUCUUCUUGCACAAGACAAUGGAACAUUUUCUGAUGUGACAACCUACUUUGUGGGCUAUGGCUCUAACCCGUGGUCGGUCGCUGUUGGAGAUUUCAAUAAUGAUAACCAAUUAGAUGUUGUCACUGCGAAUUACGGAUCUGACGGUUUCGGUAUUCUUCUCGGGCAUGGCAAUGGAACUUUUGCUAACGCAACGACAUACUAUGCUAAUAUUUUUGUUCAGCCGGAAUAUAUUGCUGUUGGUGAUAUCAAUCAUGAUGAACAGUUGGAUUUUGUCAUCACUGGUUGCAGUUCUGACAAUGUGGGUGCCCUUCUUGGACAUGGUAAUGGAACUUUUUCUCAUGCAAUAACGUAUUUUGUUGACAGGUCUUCUUGUCCAAAUAGCGUCAAUCUUGUUGAUUUGAAUAAUGAUAAUCAUUUGGACAUUAUUGUCUCUACUCAAGAAGCUGGUUUUGUUAGUGUUUUCCUUGGAUAUGGAAAUGGAGCUUUUCAAGAUAUGACAACAUAUUCGACUGGUUCCACUUCGUGCCUUUACGGCAUGGCUAUUGCUGAUUUUAACAAUGAUCAUCAGCAUGAUUUCGUCGUAAGUAAUAUUGCUAAUGACGAAAUAAUUAUCUUUUAUGGAUACGGUAACGGCAGUUUCCAACUUGCUAAAAGGUAUUCUACUGGUUUUGGUUCGGGUUCAUAUGCCGUUGCCACUGCCAAGCUGAAGAACAGCAAUCAAAUAAAUAUUGUUGUUACUCUCUGGGGCAAGGGGAAAGUUGGUGUUUUAACUGAAUAUGCUGCAGCAGAUUUUGCGAAUAAAAAUACAUAUUUAACUGGUUCGGCUCCACAGCCGUAUUCUGUAACUGUUGGUAACUUCAAUGAUGAUAGUUACAUAGGCGUAGCCAUCGUCAAUUCAGGAAGUGAUAAUUUAGAUAUACUUUUCAAUUCGGGUAAUGGUACAUUUCAAACGCAAAUAACGUAUCCUAUUGGUGCUGAUUCAUUUCCACGAUAUGUUCUCGCUGGUGAUAUCAACAAGGAUAAUCAUUUAGAUAUAGUUACUGUUAAUUCAAAGAGUAGUAGUAUUAGUAUACUUAUGGGACAUGGUAAUGGAACCUUUGAUAUCCCACGUGUAUAUUCAACUGGCAAAGAUUCAUAUCCGUUGGCAGUAGCUAUCAAUGAUUUCAAUAACGACGAUCGAUCGGAUUUAAUCAUUGCUGAUCCAGGUACAGAUAGUAUAGGUAUACUUCUUGGAUUUCAUUAUACAACAUUUCAAAGUCAAAAGACUUAUUCCAGUGAGAAUACUAGAAGACCACAUAAUAUUAUUACUAGUGAUUUUAACAAUGAUAAAUAUCUAGAUAUUGCCAUUGCUUUUCAUUUGAGUGAUAACAUAGGUAUUCUACUUGGAUAUGGUAAUGGAAGUUUUGGUGUUAUGAUGACUUAUUCGAUUGGAAAUGGCUCAGGACCUGAAUCAUUGGUUGGUCAUGAUUUUAACAAUGAUGGACAAAUGGAUAUUGCUGUAGUUAAUUCAGGCACUAAUGACAUAGGUAUCCUUCUUGGAUAUGGUAAUGGAAGUUUCGCUACCAUCAUCAAAUAUUCAACUGGAGAGGGUUCUACUCCGUUUGCGAUCGUCUUAUCCGAUAUGAACAAUGAUGGUCGGGCCGAUAUUGUCGUGACCAACUCUGCUACUAAAAAUAUAGGUAUUCUACUUGGACGCGGUAAUUUGACUUUCGAUGCCAUAGUUACUUAUCCGAUUGAACAUGGUGCCGACCCAGCAUCUAUUGCAGUUGGUGAUUUUGAUAAUGACGGUCAAACAGAUAUCGCCGUAGCUAAUUUUUAUGCUGGCAGUAUUAGUAUUUUUUUAGGUUAUGAAAAUGGAAGUUUUACAAGUCAAAUGACUUAUUCAACGGGUUAUCAAUCUAUGCCGUAUUGGAUAACUGUUGGGGAUUUCAAUAGAGACAAUCGACUUGAUAUCGCUAGUAGUAAUUAUGGUAUGAAUAAUGUCGGUAUUCUUCUUGGAUGUGGAAAUGGUAGUUUUGAUCCUGUCACAACAUUUUACACUGGAGAUGGCUCUUCUCCACUAUUUGUUGAAGCUCGGGAUUUUAAUGAUGAUGGCAUAUUAGAUAUUGCUGUUGUUAAUUAUGGAACUAGCGAUAUUGUUGUUCUAUUUGGAUUUGGAGAUGGAAGUUUUUUACUAGGAACCGCAUAUAGAACUGGUGUAGGAUCCGCAUCAUAUGCGUUAGCUAUUGGCGAUUUUAACAAUGAUUCUCUGAUAGAUAUCGCAGUCGCAAAUGAAAAAUCAAACGAUAUAAGUAUCUUUAUUACAUAUGAUAGAGAGCCUUAUGCCGGUAUAACAUCAUACAGUACGGGCUCUAAAUCUCAGCCAUAUUCAAUCGCUAUUGGUGAUCUGAAUAACGAUGGUAUAUUAGAUGUGGUCGUAGCUAAUUAUGGUACUCACAAUGUAGGUAUUUUACUCGGACACAGUCAUGGAGUUUUUGAUACUAUAACAACAUAUUCAACUGGAGUUGGUUCUGCUCCAUACUCUGUUUCUGUAGCUGAUUUUAAUAAGGACAAUCAAUUGGAUAUUGUUGUUACGAAUUCUGAAACUGACAAUAUUGCUAUUCUGUUGGGUUAUGGUAACGGAACGUUUGUAAUUGGAGCGACAUACUCAACUGGUGCUCGUUCACGACCAUGCACAGUUGCUGUAGGUGAUUUCAAUAAUGAUAAUAUACCAGAUAUUGCCAUUGCGAAUUUUGGGACUAACAAUAUAUUUCUACUUUAUGGAUAUGGAAAUGGACUUUUCGAAAACGGAAUUUCUUAUGCUUUAGGCUAUGGAUAUCGUCCGUAUUCGAUUGCAAUCAAAGACUUAAAUCAAGAUAGUUGGAUGGACAUUGUCAUUGCAUGUUAUGGCACAGAUCAUGUCGAAACUCUAAUAAAAAUGUGUUAG